AUGGGUCUAGAAUCUUAUAUCAAAGAUACCCCAGACCUUAUAUCGAAGAUCUCCAAAAUUGAAAAAGCAGGGCGAGAUCUCAUCUGGUGUACAUGUGAUGAACAAGCAACGUCGUCAGGUGGUACCUGCGGGAGGCGGAUUCAGCCACUAGACCUUAAUGUGGUGACUUCUCUGCUUUGUCCUACCCAUGGUCCAGCUCCUACCUAUAAUGUGCCACCUCCUACCCAUAAUGCUCCAACUCCUACCCAUAAUGCGCCAGCUCCUACCCAUAAUGCUCCACCUCCUACCCAUAAUGCGCCACCUCCUACCCAUAAUGCGCCACCUCCUACCCAUAAUGCUCCAGCUCCUACCUAUAAUGUGCCACCUCCUACCCAUAAUGCUCCAACUCCUACCCAUAAUGCGCCAGCUCCUACCCAUAAUGCGCCACCUCCUACCCAUAAUGCGCCACCUCCUACCCAUAAUGCUCCAGCUCCUACCCAUAAUGCUCCAGCUCCUACCUAUAAUGCGCCACCUCCUACCCAUAAUGUGGCAGCUCCUACCUAUAAUGUGCCACCUCCUACCCAUAAUGCGCCACCUCCUACCCAUAAUGCGCCACCACCUACCCAUAAUGCGCCACCUCCUACCCAUAAUGCGCCACCUCCUACCCAUAAUGCGCCACCUCCUACCCAUAAUGCGCCAGCUCCUACCCAUAAUGCGCCAGCUCCUACUCAUAAUGCUCCACCUCCUACCCAUAAUGCGCCACCUCCUACCCAUAAUGCGCCACCUCCUACCCAUAAUGCGCCAGCUCCUACCCAUAAUGCGCCACCUCCUACCCAUAAUGCGCCAGCUCCUACCCAUAAUGCGCCAGCUCCUACCCAUAAUGCUCCAGCUUCUACCCAUAAUGCGCCACCUCCUACCCAUAAUGCGCCACCUCCUACCCAUAAUGCGCCAGCUCCUACCCAUAAUGCGCCAGCCCCUACCCAUAAUGCGCCAGCCCCUACCCAUAAUGCUCCAGCUCCUACCCAUAAUGCGCCAGCCCCUACCCAUAAUGAGCCAGCCCCUACCCAUAAAGCGCCAGCCCCUACCUAUAAUGCGCCAGCAAAUCAUGACACCAUUGUGCGCAAGAUCACUUCACAAUAUGACACCAUUAUGCGCAAGAUCACCUGGCAAUAG